UGCUGUGUGGAGGGAGAGGAGAGGAAGGGCGGCUGAGGACCAGCUUCUGUUCGCUUCUGUUUGCUUCUGUUCGCUUCUUAUCGUGUCUUAUGAGCGCACAGCCUCCACCCUGAAGCAUGCAGACUGGAAUAGGACUUCUGCUACUCCUCCAUCUGCUUCUCAUCAAGGGUUUCCAUGCUGAAGGGAGUGAAACGGAGUGUGAAACGGGACAGUUCCAGUGCAGAAACGGCAGGUGUAUUCCUACACUGUGGAGAUGUGAUGAUGAUGAUGACUGCUCGGACAACAGUGAUGAAGAGCACUGCCCGAAGAACACGUGUGCUGCAACAGAUUUUCCAUGUAAGAACGGACAGUGUGUUCCAGCUCGAUGGAAGUGUGAUGGUGAGCCUGAAUGUCCAGAUGGAUCGGAUGAGGCCGAGUCUACCUGCAGUCGACAGACUUGUCCCCCCGAAAAGUUUAACUGUGGCGGCCUCGGGAACAAGUGUCUGUCCCUGUCCUGGCGCUGUGACGGAGAGACGGAUUGUGAGAACGGAGCGGAUGAGGAACAUUGCGCUGCAGAUGCCAAGGUGUGCCCUCCUAAAGAGUUCCAGUGCCAGAACGGCAUGUGCGUGGCACCCAGCUUUGUCUGUGAUGGUGAUGAUGACUGUGGGGAUGGCAGCGAUGAGGAGAAGUGCACGGUGGGCACUGCCAGCACCUGCAGUCCUCAGGAGUUCCGCUGCAACAAUUCGGAGUGCAUCCCGACCCUGUGGAGCUGUGACGGAGACCCCGACUGCAAGGAUAAAUCAGACGAGUCACCGGAGCGCUGCUCUCGCAGGAACGACCCUCAGAAAUCACGCUGUCCCGCCGGAGAGUUCCAGUGCGGCAGCGGGGAGUGCGUUCACCUCAGCUGGAAAUGUGACGGAGACCCGGACUGUAAGGACAAGUCAGACGAGACGAACUGUCUUGUCCUGACCUGCAGGCCGGAUGAGUUCCAGUGUGGUGAUGGUUCUUGUAUUCACGGCACUAAGCAGUGUAACCGUGUACAUGACUGUCCUGAUUUCAGCGAUGAGGCCGGCUGCAUCAACAAGACUACUAAAUGUGAAGCACCACAAAAGUUUGUGUGUCGGAGUGGAGAGUGUAUCGACAGCAGCAAAGUGUGUGACAGAAUUAAAGACUGCAAGGAUUGGUCAGACGAGCCAAUGACAGAGUGUGACCUGAAUGAAUGUGCCAGUAACAAUGGUGGAUGUUCCCACAUAUGCACUGAUCUGCGGUUAGGCUACAAGUGUGAGUGUCCUUCAGGAUACGAGCUGCUGGAUGAGAGGACGUGUGGAGAUGUAGACGAAUGUGAGAAUCCGAACAUCUGCAGUCAAAUCUGCGUCAACUACAAGGGGGACUACAAGUGUGAAUGCUACGAAGGCUACGAAAUGGAUCCAGUUACCAAGACGUGCAAGGCCGUGGGAACGAGUCCAUACCUGAUGUUCACAAACCGACACGAGAUCCGGCGGAUUGACCUGGUGAGACGAGACUACAGUCAGGUAGCACCCACCUUGAAAAACGCCGUGGCACUUGACGUGGACGUCACUUCCAACAAAAUGUACUGGUGUGACCUGUUUCAUCGCAAGAUCUUCAGUGCAUACAUCAACAAGGCCAGUAAUUCAUCAGAACAGGUCACACUCAUUGACCAGGCACUGCAUUCACCAGAAGGAAUAGCUGUGGACUGGAUCCACAAAAACCUCUACUGGACAGAUUCAGGUCAUAAAACCAUUUCAGUCGCUACCAGUGAUGGGAAGAAAAGAAAAGUGUUGAUCGACACUGACCUGGGUGAACCACGAGCGAUCGCUGUUGACCCCAGACAAGGAUUCAUGUACUGGUCAGACUGGGGGAUGCAAGCAAAGAUUGAGAAGUCUGGGUUAAAUGGUGUGGACCGGCAGCUUCUGGUCUCUGAGCGAAUCGAGUGGCCCAAUGGGAUUACUCUAGAUUUGUCCAGCAAACGUCUGUACUGGGUGGACUCCAAACUUCACCUCAUCUCCAGCGUGGACCUGAAUGGAGACAACCGCCGAGUUCUGCUCUCUUCUACAGAUCACCUGGGUCACCCGUUUGCCCUCACCCUGUUUGAGGACCGAGUUUACUGGACGGAUCUGGAGGAUGAGGCUAUCUACAGUGUGAACCGGUUAACUGGGCAUGAUAUAUCCAUGCUGGCCCAGCACCUCAACAGCCCUCUUGAUGUGGUGGUUUUCCAUGAGCUCCGUCAGCCCCAAGCACCAAACAGCUGUAAUAUGGGAAGUCUUCCAAACGGAGGCUGUGAAUAUCUCUGUCUCAGAGCUCCACAGAUCACUGAACAUUCACCCAAAUAUACAUGUGCCUGCCCCGACGAUGCGGAGCUGGGUCCAGACAUGCGGCGCUGUGUCGGGGUCAUAAAGCCCGUGACUACUACAACUACACUCUCUUCAACUACCACAACAACAGAAUCCCCUACCACUUUUUCUACACCUCCUGUACGUCCACCCACCACUCCAGGCUCUGCAUCUAGCACUACAUCUACACCGUCUUCUACUACAAAAACUGAUCCAAUACAUAGUGUUCAAACAACCACACACAGUACCUCAGCUCCAUCACUGUCUACUGCACUACACUUUAGUACCAUGCAUUCAAGUACAGCCUCGACCUCCACCACCAGUAGUACACAGAGCAGUACGCAAAGCAGUACGCAAAGUACCACACAGAGUACCACACAGAGUACUACACAAAGUACCACACAGAGCACUACACAGAGUACUACACAAAGUACCACACAGAGCACUACACAAAGUACCACACAGAGCACUACACAAAGUACCACAGAGAGCACUACACAAAGUACCACACAUAGUACCACACAAAGCAGUACACACAGCAGUACACACAGCAGUACCCAGAGUCAUACCCCACCAUCACCCUUCACCCAGCAAACAACAGAAAGCAGCAAGACAUCCAGAUCCAUCACAGUCACCAAAAAAGCUGGAGCGAAUGAUGAGAACUCAAACCUCUCACACAGAGCUGGGAGUGAUCACUUUCUGCUCGGGAGUAACAUUACUGUGGCAGUUCUGGGUGUAGUCAUCCCCAUAGUUCCUAUCCUUGCCACAGUGGUCCUCAGCCUGGUGUGCACCGGAGGAUACCUGGUCUGGCGCAACUGGAGGCGGCGCAACACCAAAAGCAUGAACUUCGACAACCCCGUGUACCGCAAGACCGCCGAGGACGACGAAGACGAGAUCCACAUCGGCCACACCGAGCAGAUCGGCCACAUCUACCCAGCUCGCGUGGCACUCAGUACGGAGGAUGACGGAUUACCUUGAGGUUUUUCCCCCCUACCAUCCAUCCAUCCCUCCCUCCCUGUGUUCAUCCAUCCACUUGUUUUGUCCUCGUUGUCUCCCGGGGAGAGUGAACCACUACACAGCGAGGUUUUGACACAGCAGAGGACGCAGACGCUCACACACUUGUUCACUGCGACCAAGUAAUAACUGGCAAACAGGGUUUGUCCUUUAUAUACUGAUUAUAGAGUAACAUUAGCAACUAACAGUAGCCUCGACUUCCUUUCUGCUACAUUUUCUACUAAAUCUUCAUCUAGGAACUGAAUUAGUUACUGUUUUUCAUUAUUACUGUAAUGAUUAUUAAGGUGGUGUUGCUGAAACUGCUGCACACUGCUGAGAUGACCUGCUGUUUUAUUAAGUGGAUGCUGAGUCAUUUAAUUGCUGUUAUAAACUUGUUAAGUCUGUUCAGGCUGUGAUGGGCAUCUGUGUGGGCAUGGCUUUGGGAUGAUAGCACAACAAACACUGAUAAAGUAGACAAAACUGUGGCUAAUCUGCUUUUUUUAGCAGUAGGUAUUCUUAUGAUUGAGAAACUGACUGGGGUAGAAAAUACACU